AAGGUGUUCUUUUUCUUUUUUCUUUUUUCUUUUUUUAAAUAAAAUAGUUUUAGUGUUUUAGAUAUCUUCCUGUUCUUUCGGAAUCUGCUGGGGAGGAAGAGCCUGAACCAAAGGCAUGGGCGGACAAAGAAAGACGGCCUCGAGAAAUCCGCCGUUCAAGAUAAUUCUGGGUUCUUCAUCAAAGGCUCGCAAACAGAUUCUAGCGGAGAUGGGAUUUGAGUUCACAGUUGUGACUGCAGACAUUGAUGAGAAAGGUAUUAGAAGGGAAAAACCAGAAGACUUGGUAAUAGCCUUAGCUGACGCAAAGGCAGAUGCUAUUAUACAAAAGCUUUUGACUGGAGAGAAUUCAUUAGAGGAAGAUAUUAUGGCAACGCUGUUAAUUACUUCAGACACGGUAGUGGUACACCAAGGAACUAUCAGGGAAAAACCAACCAGCAAAGAACAAGCAAGGGAAUAUAUCAAAGGGUAUUCUGGGGGCAAUGCUGCAGUGGUAGGAUCUGUUAUGGUAACCAACCUUAAGACUGGAAAAAGAUGUGGGGGUUGGGAAAGCGCGGAGGUUUAUUUCCACGAAAUACCAGAUGAGGUCAUUGAUGCGGUGAUUGACGAGGGAGUUACAUUCAAUGUUGCUGGGGGUUUGAUGCUGGAACAUCCUCUGACAUUGCCCUUUGUUGAUGCAGUGGUUGGAUCAACUGAUACUGUGAUGGGACUUUCUAAAGCUCUCACGGAGAAACUCUUAUUGGAAGCUCUAUAGUCUUCUGCAAUAUUACAAAUAUACUUUGAUUGGUACCAUGUGCUCCCUGCAAUUAUUAUGACGUGUUUUGUGCUCCAAUUUGUGUUUGCCUCUGCAAAUUCUUGCAACGCAAUACAAACAAGAAUGCUAUUGAUAACUUCUAGCAAGUAUUCAUAGAAACAUUUUCAACUUUAUAUUCAACUUUAUAUUGAUCUCCCAAUCUUGGUUGCUUGAUAUUAAGUGACUGAUACUUUCUGAGGA